UGCCAUCCCCUACUUGGAACCAAUCCCAUAACAUGCAUAUCACCCAUUCUAAGUCAUACAUAUUAAGAUACAUGAUUUAUAUAAGUAGUACAAAUCAGGUACAACACAAACACACAAACGUGUAAAUAUGUUACAAUUCAUUAAUUAUAAAUAUUUAAAUGAUCAAUAUUUUAUAUAGUUAGGUCAGUUGGUCCACAUACUAUAUAACACCCAAAUAAUUUAUGAUAUAAAAUAAACUAUAUAUAUGUCCCCACUACAAUUAGUUCUUCCAUGCCACUUGACUCUCAUAUCUACACUCACCCAAAUUAAUUCAUCACAAUCUCUCCUAUGAACAACAGGAAUGUGUGUAUUCAUAUAUCACAAUCUCCAUCUCUCUCUCAUUAAUUUCAUUUAAUCCCAACCACAAAUCUAUUUUAUUGAAUACUUCAAAAACAACAAAAAAAACAAAGAUGAAUACUUUAAAAGAAACACAAGGUAAAAUGUCUCAUGACUCUCAUUACAUGUUUACAUGUAAACAACAAAGAAGCCCGGUAUGGGUUCCCGGGCCAAUCAUAGUUGGCGCAGGACCAUCCGGGCUGGCAGUAGCCGCCUGUCUAAAAGACCAAGGCGUCCCUAGUGUGGUUAUCGAACGAUCAAACUGUAUAGCGUCGCUUUGGCAGCUCAAAACCUAUGACCGCCUCCGGCUACACCUUCCCAAAAAGUUUUGUGAAUUGCCACUUAUGCCCUUCCCAGAGGAUUAUCCGACGUACCCGAAUAAACAACAGUUUGUGGAGUAUUUGGAGGCGUAUGCAAAGCGGUUUGGGAUCAAUCCGGUUUUGAAUUCGAGGGUGGAGAGGGCUGAGUAUGAUGAGAGUGUAGGGAUGUGGAGAGUGUGGAGUGUAGGGAUGAAAGGGGAGGUGGUGGAGUAUGUUUGUAGGUGGUUAGUGGUGGCGACCGGAGAGAAUGCGGAGGAGGUGGUGCCGGAGAUUGAAGGGAUGGUUGAGUUUGGUGGUGAGAUGAAGCAUACAUCUGAGUAUAAAAAUGGAAGUGUGUAUAAAGGGAAGAAAGUGUUGGUGGUGGGUUGUGGGAACUCAGGAAUGGAAGUGUGUUUGGAUCUUUGCAAUCACAAUGCUAAGCCUUCACUUGUUGUUAGGGAUGCUGUGCAUGUCCUACCAAGAGAUUUGUUGGGAAAAUCGACUUUUGAGUUGUGCAUGUGGUUGCUAAAGUGGCUACCGAUGAGAUUAGUUGACCGGUUUCUAUUGUUCGUAUCAUGGCUAAUACUCGGAAACACAGCUAGGUUUGGACUUGUCCGGCCGACGGUGGGACCACUCGAGCUCAAGGACAUGUCGGGAAAGACUCCCGUGUUGGAUGUUGGGGCCCUAGACAAGAUUAAAAAUGGCGAAAUUGAGAUACAUCCAAGCAUCCGACGAAUAGGGCAUCACAGUGUAGAAUUUGUGAAUGGGGACAUAAUAAAUUUUGAUGCAAUAAUUUUUGCAACAGGAUACAAAAGCAAUGUACCCUCUUGGCUAAAGGAGAAAGACUUGUUCUCAGAGAAAGACGGGUAUCCUCGAAGACCAUUUCCUAACGGUUGGAAAGGUGCAAACGGGCUCUACGUCGUAGGGUUUACUAAACGCGGCUUGCUUGGUGCAUCAGCAGAUGCGAAAAGAAUAGCAGAAGACAUUGGCAAAUGUUGGAAAGCGAAAGCUAACCAGAUCACAAUGAAAAAGAGAUGAUUAAUCUUGUUGCAAUGCUAGUUUUUUUUUUUUUUUAAUUAGGAGAUAUUAUUCUAAAAAAAUAGGUGGUAUAUUUAGAUUUUAUAUAAUUGUUUACCAUUUUGUUGAUUCAUGGUAACACAUGUUCCACUGAACCAAAGUAAAUGACACAUUUUUUGCAUAUAAAGCAAUUGCUUUAGCACAUGUCCAUGUAAAUGAGACCGCAAUGAUCUUGAUAAUUUCA